AUGGCGUCUACCAAGGAGUCUGCAGAGGAUGUCGUGGACUCUUUUUUCAACGCCGCUAGUCGAUCUGCAUCGCCUCCACCCCCAGUUUCACAACUCGAGGAAGAUACAGCUAGAAUGAAGAUAUCAGCGUAUAAACCACAGUCCCUAAAUGAUAAUACCAUCAGUAUCCUCACUGCUUUUCUUGAUGAUCUACCUCAAGAAGGCAAGCAAAACUUGAUAUCAUUUAUCUUAACUUGCGAAAACGAUAAUGUCCUUUUUAUUCUCUCUCAGCAUUUGAAAUCGGCAAUUCUUCUCUCUUUGAGAGCACGAACUACUCCAUAUGUGACUCCUUCUCCUCUUCCCGGUGCUGAGGAUCUUGUAAAUGUCGUGUCAUCUCAAAUGACUCGGUCCAGUGAUAGAAAUUCUCAGAGCAAGCUUAAGCAGCAGUGCUUGAAGCGGGACGGCUACCGUUGCCUUGUGACUGGAGCGUACGACCACGAGCAUGCGGCUGGAAAUGUACGGGAUGACUUGCUCCAAAACACCGCAGAAACUGAGCUCGCCCACAUCAUUCCCUUCGCGCUUGGGAAGUUUCGAACCAGUGAUGAAGAUGAGGAGCACACCUAUUACCUUCGGUUUUAUCGUUUCCCCUCGCUUACGAUGCGUUUGCUUCCCGAGCCGGAUGAGAACAACGAGCGUGUUGUAAAAUUCACGAAGAAUGCCGACUAUGAGCUCCCCAGCCGCGUUCUCCUUAGCACUCAUGCGGCCGUUGCAAGGAUCCUACAUGCAACUGGCAUGGCAAGAACAAUAGAUCAAAUCCUCCGUGAUCGAGAGGAGCUCAGUUGUCUUGCUGAAGAUGGAAGCACCGACAUAGGACAGAUUGCUCUGCUCGCAUAUUGA